GUCACAUUGCUGUGAAUCACAAAUUCAUAAAUUAAACUAAAACAAGACAGCAUAAACAAGACUGAAAAGUUGUUCAAAAUUUCUGUUGCAAACGCGCCGCGAGAAAUGCCAGGUAUCAAUGAGUUUCAAAAGCUUUGUAAGUCGAUGUUCACAGAUUCCAUGAGAAUCGUCUGCUCGGCCACAGUACCGGAAACCCUGAGCCAGAAGUAUCACAAUCGGCUGAUUAGGGCCGAGGACCCCUACACAAUCUUCCAGAUGAAAAGUCAAAACAGCAGUUAUCUGCUAGUCUUUAGUUUCCUGGAAAUCAACAGGUGCCAUACCAUCCAGCUCAACGAUCUGUACGCCGUCAGUUGCCAAAAUGAGUGGAACGAAACGAAGACUUGGUAUUUCGGCUUUAGCCACCGCAUGUGCUACAACUAUCCGAUGAAUCUGACGACGGAACUUCGGGAACACUGUGGCGCCAAGGGCUAUGACGAGGACGAGCAGUCGGGUUACUAUUAUACCAAUCAUGACCUGGACGCAGAUAUUAGCCUACAAGGAAAUGCCGACCGUUUGCUGGCAUCCCCAUUGCUUGUACUUUGGCUCAUAGCAUCACUCUUAGUGUUCGCCAUUCUGCGAUGGAAGGCAGGCUGAUUGUAAGGAUGGUUGGUUGUAGUCGCUCAGUUAUUCGAGAGUUUCGAGUCACACAAGUUCUUUCCCUUUCGAAAAUUAUAAAUCUAACAUGAGCCGGUUUUCUUCGAUCUCUGCUCACUUCAAACGAAUAACCGAAGUCUUGUAGACAUUGACCUGUGCCGGCGAAUAUCCCAGCGAUGUGAAAAUCCGUUUCGGUGGCCAUCUAUCGUUGCCCGGUGAUCCUUACGCCGUUUUCAGGCCGAGCGAAGAUGAUUCCAGGGAUCUAAUGGUCAUAACUGGCAGUGAGGAAGUGAAAUCCUGCAUAUCGCUAAAGGUGAUCGGAAUGAACGAGUUUAAGUGCAUGAGAGGCAACAAUUCGUCGAGCAUUGCUUAUACAAGUCCCAGUUAUUUGGUCUGCUUGGACUACUUUUUGCGCAUGGCGCGUGAACUGGAGAUGGAAGAAGAAAGCCUUCACGGUGCUGUAUUUUGCAAACGUCGAAACCCGUUUGCAAAUGAUAAAAACAGCAAACGACGAAGCUAUCACAAAGGGUUCCACUAUGAUUAUACUAAUCCUUUCGGCAGUUUUGGCGAUAUUUCUCGCUCUACGGUGGUCUUAGUCAUAAUUGAACAUCUCUUAAAUUGGUCAGAUCGUUCUGACAGCCUUCACAUGUGCUGUAAAAUCUCACUGUUUCAAAAUUGAUUCAAACUAUUUCCAAGCAGGUUUUGGAAGUGUUCAGAGAUUUAAAAACAAUUUCGUAUACAAUUUCUUAUAAGGAUUUGUUUUUAGGGACAGCCCAAAAUAAAAAUUAUAAGUCUU